UAGUGAAAGGAACAAAUAUUCUCUGCUCGUGUCGCUACAGCAUACCAGUUUGCUGCACCGGAAUAAGUACGGACUGAAUUUACUGCAACUCAAUACCCUUUUCCGUCCUCUAUCGUGUCUACUUCGGCAAGAAGAUGACGAAGGGAACGUCAUCAUUUGGUAAACGUCGCAACAAGACGCAUGCCCUGUGUCGUCGGUGCGGCUCCAAGGCAUACCACCUUCAAAAGUCCUCUUGCGGAAAGUGUGGCUACCCCGAAAAGCGCAAGAGAAAGUAUAACUGGAGUGCCAAGGCCAAGAGACGCAACACCACCGGGUCUGGCCGUAUCAGACACCUGAGGGUUGUCUACCGCAGAUUCAGGAAUGGAUUCCGUGAGGGAACUGUCCCCAAGCCCAAGAGAGCAGCAGUGGCUGCCUCCAGCUCUUCUUAGACUCUGAGUCUGAAAUAAAGUCCUCAUAAAAUGACAA